UAAAAAGGGGCGUUAUUCAAUGGAAACCAUAGAAGGGUGAACCUUUUGCAAAUAACUUGGCAAAAAUUGGAGAUGAUAAUUAUACAUAGAAAGGAAUAAGUUAAAUAUUGUUACAGGAGUAAAACGUAAGAACUGUGAUUAAGUGUUACUUAAAAUGACUCUGAAACCAAAUUGGGACAGCUUUAUUGGUGAAUAGAUCAGUUCAGAUAACAUAUUUGAAUAAAAUUUCUACAAAAUGGCUACUGGUAAUCAAAUAGAUACAGAUAUUCUUUCCGAUGAACUAUUUGACGUAUUAUGUUCAAUGUGUAAAAAUAAAGGGACAAAUACUGAAGGCGAAAAAUUCUGUGUAGAUUGUCAUGAUUACUUUUGUAGAAAUUGUGUUCAAGUUCACAAUGUCGUUCCCGUAUUAGUUGGUCACAAGGUGUUGGAUAAAUCUCAAGUUAAGUCAGGAACCAGCAUAGGUCUGCCCAGGGCACCAACAGAGAGAUGUGAUAGGCACAGUCAUAAACACAUUGAUAUGUACUGUCAGAACCAUGAUAAGGUUGGCUGUUCUACAUGUAUGGCAGUUGAUCACAGAUUUUGCAAGGAUACAUUCUACAUACCUGAAUUUAUCCAAAACAAUACUUACCAAGUUGAAUACAGACAAAUUCAAAUAAAACUUAAAGCCAUAGCUGAAACUCUUGCAAAACAAUGUGAUAGAUUUAAAGAGGAUAAACAAAGGCUGCUGAAGAUGAAAGCAGAACUACUGGCUAAUAUCAGAAAAUUCCGACAAGAAAUCGAUGACCAUCUUAACAAGCUGGAGAAAAGUUCUUUAGAUGAGAUAGAUGAUAAAGUCAAAAGUCUUGAAGACAAGAUUGAAGAUAGUCUCAAACAGCUACAAACAAACAAGUCCAGGGUUACAUCAGCUAAUGUUAAAUUAGCAUCUGCAAACAUAAAUCAAUCUGAAGUGUUUGUUUAUGUGAAGAUAGCAGAGAAUGCUGCGAAUGUUGCCAACAAAUAUAUAGAAGAUGCAAAAUUUAAAAGUUCUGUGGAAGGCAUAGAUUUUCAACCUGAUAGAACAAUUCUUACACAGCUAGAAAAAAAGAAGACUCUUGGCAUUCUAUCAAAGAAACUUACUGCUGCCACUUUAUUUCAGAUUAAAGGAAGUCAAUCAUAUAAUGUUAAAGUUGUGUCCGAUAGAAAGAAAUGUUAUAUCAGGAGUGCCUGCUGUAUGGAAGAUGGUACAAUAUUUCUAGCUGAUUACUACAACAACAAGCUUAAACGGUUACACCGUUAUAACUAUACUGUCACAAAGUACUGGGAUCUACAUGGAAAGCCAUAUCAAGUGUGUUUGAUCAAUAACACACAAGUAGGAGUAACUGUUCCAUCACAAAAGAAAGUUUAUUUCACUUCUGAUAGUGGAAAAAAGAAAACUACAAACGAGAUUAAAACUGAUUUUGAAUGUUUUGGUCUUGCAUAUGCAAACAAUAAUUUAUAUAUUUCAGAUGAGAACACAUCAGUAUAUAUGUAUACAUUGUCUGGUAAGAAGCUUCAACAGAUCAGUUAUGAUCAAUCAGGAUUUGACUGUGACAUAUACAGUCUAGCUGUUAGUCAGGAUGCUACAAGGAUUUAUGUUGCUGACUAUCAUAAUGGACUGACGGUAUUGGACAAGAAUGGCCAGGUUAUUAGAUCAUUUUAUAAUGAUCAAUUAAUAGGGGCUACAUGUUGUUAUCUCACGGAAGCAGGUAGUGUGCUGGUAUCUGUAGAAGCCUCCAAUAAUGUUUUACAGUUUACACCUGAUGGUGAGCUGAUAGGAGAGAUCAUAAAAGAUGAUAGUGGAAAACGCAACAUUAUAUCAGCCUGUUGUAAUCAACAAAUGACUAAGAUGUAUAUAAGCAGAUUUAGAGAUGACAACAUUGAAGUGUAUGAUAUCAAUAGACAUAUUUAAAGAACAAUCUGAUUCAAAUGUAAAAAUCAAUAUUCAAACAUAAAAUGUAAACAGAAAAGCACAGUCACUUUAAUAUCUUGAUUGCGAUAGCUUUACACCGACACCCUGACUUUGUUUGCCUUAAAAUUUUGCACAAGUAUAUGGAUAUUCAAUAUGUAAAGAUACUACUAGUUUGAUUUAUUUUGUGAAAAAUUUAUUUGAUUUAUCAUGCAUUGUAUUCUUGCAUUAUGAUUUAAUACAAAAUUUAUAUAUUUUUUAAAUUGUUUGAACGUGUAUGUGAGAUUGUUUUCAGUGAAAUAAAUGUAGAA